GGGGCUCAGCCUGAAUCUGUCCAGGAUGGCGUUCCUGUGGGUAGUUGCUUGCCUGGCCCUUGCCAGCACUGUCUCCGGGUGUGGGGUGCCCGACGUCAGUCCCUCAGUGGCCUACAGCGAGAGGAUCGUCAACGGGCAGAGUGCUCUGCCCGGCUCAUGGCCCUGGCAGGUGUCCCUGCAGACCUACACAGGAUCCCACUUCUGCGGCGGCUCCUUGAUCAACCAGUACUGGGUCGUCACAGCUGCCCACUGCAACUUCAACCCGAACGCCCAUGUCGUCGUCCUCGGGGAAUAUGACCUGAGCUCCAGUGCUGAGGCUGUUCAAGUGAAGACUGUGUCCAGGGCCAUCACCAACCCCGGCUGGAACGCCAACACCAUGAACAACGACAUCACCCUGCUGAGGCUCUCCACGCCCGCCCAGCUGGGAUCCCGUGUGGCCCCCAUCUGCCUGGCCCCCGCCAACCUGGUUCUGCCCUACAACGCCAAGGCUGUCACCACCGGCUGGGGACGCACCAACCCCAACUCUCAAGCCUUGGCAACAUCCCUGCAGCAGGUAGUCGUGCCCCUGAUCUCCCAGACUCAGUGCACGCAGUACUGGGGCAGCCGCAUCACCAGUGCCAUGAUCUGCGCCGGUGGGGCCGGUGCCUCCUCCUGCCAGGGUGACUCCGGUGGACCCCUGGUGUACCAGAGUGCCAGCGGCUGGAUUCUGAUCGGCAUCGUCUCCUGGGGGAACUCCAACUGCAACACCUACACUCCGGCCAUAUACACCCGCGUCAGCCAGUUCCGCAGCUGGAUCGACUCCAUCAUCGCUUAGGGGUGAAGCUGCCAGCACUGUGAUCCCUUCACUGGGAUUAAUA